GCAAUGUUAAUAUGUCACAAAAAAAAGUUGCGUGUCGUUUGUAAUGUGGUAGAACUGGAAAUUUAUUUGUACAUUUUUUGAAAUACGUGGCUCGUUAAGAUAUUUUAUUAAGAUAUUAUUGAAAAUUUUAUAUUCUUUAGGAUUCCUAAAUAUGCACAGCAUUUUGUAAAAAAUCUGGUUUAUUUAUUCGUAGAGGUUAUUUAGCUAGUCUGUCGGUAAAGUUUGUAGGUUUAAAAUGUCUAAAAGAAGUCAACCGAAUUGGACUCCUCCAAGGGCUGAGAAAAGACCUGUAUUAAAAUUGUAUAACAGUCUAUCGCGUGCGAAAGAAGAGUUUGUGUGUGCGACUGGUAACAGGGUUAAUUGGUACAGUUGCGGGCCGACAGUGUAUGAUGCUUCCCACAUGGGUCAUGCUAGAUCUUACAUAUCUUUUGAUAUACUAAGAAGAAUUUUGUCAAAUUACUUUGGAUAUGACAUAUUGUAUGUCAUGAACAUAACAGAUAUUGAUGAUAAAAUCAUCAAAAGAGCUAGACAAAAUUAUUUGUAUGAGAAGUAUUUAAAGGAUCCGAAGAACCUCAAUGAAACGGUAGAUGAUGCAAUAGCUGUUGUGAAUUACUAUGAAGCUGUAGUCAAACAAACUGGGGAUUCAGAUAAAAAGAAUGCUCUUCAGAAAAUGUUGGACAAUGUUGCUACAUCGGUGAAAAGUCUGCAGUCUGCUGUUCAAGAAAAUGUUGAUGAAAAAAUCAAAAUUGCAAGAUGUGAAAUGCUCAAGUCUGCAAAGGAUCCUAUAUCUGAUUGGCUGGAUCAUAAAUAUGGUGCAACUGUUACUGACAAUGCAAUAUUUACUUCUUUACCUAGAUACUGGGAAAAUGAAUUCCACAAAGAUAUGAAAGCACUAAAUGUAUUACCACCUGAUGUAUUAACAAGAGUUAGUGAAUAUGUACCGCAAAUUAUUAAAUUUAUAGAAAAAAUUAUAGAUAACGGUUUAGCAUAUGAAUCAAAUGGAUCUGUUUAUUUUAAUGUGUGUGAAUUUGAUAAUAGAGAAAACCACCAUUAUGCUAGACUAGUUCCAGAAGCCUAUGGAGAUACCAAAUCAUUGCAAGAAGGGGAAGGUGAUUUGACUGAUGACACAGCUGAAAAACGAUCUCCAAACGAUUUUGCCCUUUGGAAGCGCAGCAAAGCAGGGGAGCCUUCUUGGGAUUCUCCUUGGGGUGCAGGCAGGCCUGGUUGGCACAUAGAGUGUUCUGCUAUGGCUUCAGAUAUUUGCGGUUCUAAAUUAGACAUUCAUACAGGUGGUGUAGACUUGAAGUUUCCCCACCAUGACAAUGAGUUGGCUCAAAGUGAAGCUCACUUCGAUCUGCCAGGCUGGGUAAACUACUUUCUCCACACAGGACACUUGACAAUUGCGGGCUGCAAAAUGUCCAAAUCUCUAAAGAACUUUGUCACCAUUUCUGAUGCCUUGAAACGCCAUACGGCAAGGCAACUUCGUAUUGCAUUUCUGUUACAUGGAUGGAAAGAAACGCUUGACUACUCAGACAACACAAUGGAGAUGGCGAUACAAACUGAAAAAUUAUUUAAUGAGUUUUUCUUAACGGUAAAGGAUGCACUACGCAGUGGUUACGAUGAAGGCUGUGGCGGCGUGUGGGGUCCGGACGAACAGCAGCUGGCCGCCAAAUUGAGCUCAGUCAAGGAACAAGUCCACAGUGCUCUUUGUGAUAACAUCGACACGCGUGGCGCUAUAGACUCGUUACGGGAACUAGUAGGCGCGGCCCACAUAUACUUGAGACAGGGGAAGCCCCGGCCUUCGCCACUUCUAGCGACCGCGGCCCGAUACGUGACGGAUAUACUGCACAUCUUCGGGGCUAUAGAAGGACCACGAGGCGGGAUAGGAUUCCCCGUCGGUGACGGCGAUAAUAUAAGCUUAGAGGCGACAGUGAUGCCAUACUUGGAAGCGUUAAGCGGAUUCCGCGCGCAAGUGCGUGACGCGGCGAGAACAGUUCGCGCGAACGAAGUUCUCGCUCUCUGUGACGCACUACGAGAUACUGUGCUGCCGGAAAUGGGCGUGCGACUGGAAGACAAACCAGACCGAACAGUCGUCAAGCUAGUCAGCAAAGAAGAAUUGAUGAAGGAAAAAGAAGAGAAAAAGAGGAUAGAAGCAGAAAAGUUGAAGAAGAAGCAGGAACUUCUUGAAGCGCAGAAAGCUAAGGAGGAACAAAGAAAAAUACCGCCAGCAGAAAUGUUCAAGCGGGAGACUGACAAAUAUUCCAAAUUCGAUGACAAGGGCCUGCCCACUCACGAUUUAGAAGGCAAGGAACUAAGCAAAGGUCUCGUCAAGAAACUGCAGAAGCUGCAACAAGCGCAAGAGAAGAAAUACAACGAGUAUUUAGCGACCAUUAAUACGUGUUGAAAAAUUUAAUUUAUCGUACUUUGUAACUUAAUCAUAUAUUUAUAUGUGGACUACGUGCCUUUUAACUGCCAUUCCAUUAAAGGUCUUUUGCAUCAUCAGAUUAAGAAGAAAAAUGUACAUAAAAGUUUUACUAUAGUUAUAAAAUGUACAUAAUAACAGAAUCAUCUAAAAUAUCCUUCUCGUCCUUUAAUGAAGAAAUAAAUAAAUUACUUAAAAAUUACUGGGAGCUUGGUUAUGUCGAUUUUUUUUUUCAAUGAUAUGUUAUGUAACUACACAAUGUCUAUUACUACAUUUUUUUCUAUUUCAACGGAUAUAAUUCCAUAAUAAUAUUAAAUAUAAUAUCAAGAAUAUGUAUUACACUGGCUAAUAGGGUAUUUAUUAUAUAUCUACGGAAAUAAGGAUCUCCCUAUCUUUCUAUACAUACCUAAGAGAAGUAAGGAAAGAGUGACAUAUAGUUUGACCAAAUUUUACGACGGUUGUGGAGUUAGCUGCGAGUUUUCAGUUCAGUAAAACCAUGAACAUCAGUGGACUGAGGGGCACCCGCAUGAAAUAUAUAAAAGUAGGGAACAGCGGAUUUUCCGCUCAGAUUGGAGCGCCCGUCUGGGGCAGUAACUUCCACCCUACAGAAGACCACAGUAAAAUAACAAUACAUAUUGAUGGUGUUUUUCUUUCGAGUGUGUAUGCUGUUGGUCGCAGAUGACCUUUACAGUAUCACCGGGUUUGGGGACGGCGAGAUCCUAAUGGGACCUCAAGCCGAGAAUUGGCGAGUGCGUCUAGAGGUAUUCCAGGCGGAUGGCAUCUCCCCGCGGGGAGAGUCUCCUCUCCGUCUGGAGCCUCUAGACCACUCAAACCUGACAGGGUCGGCUAACUAGAGGGCGUCUCUGAGACUCGGACCUCGGCUCUAGUUAGCCGUUGUCGUGGGGGACGAUUGAUGGCGUUCUGUUUCUGCUGGUAAGUAGGGCAGGGGAUUGGGUUCAGUCCGGCUAGGUGACAAUGGCUGCAACAGCACACUUUCUGCCGCAUCAUCUAUCUUCGCGACUGGACUCCAGUUACACUUAACAUCAGCUGGGCCCCACCCAGCUGUGAUUUGUUAUCGUCGUAUAAAAAUGAAAUCUCUAAAAAAUAUAGGCCGCGCGAUUGCGUCUCUCACCCUUAUAUGCCCAGUUUUACUUUAUACUUGUACAGGGAACGUUCAGUCCAUUCGUUGUGUUUAUAAGUGAAACUCGCGCAUAUCUUCAUUUCGUUUACUGCGCCGCGACUUGUGCUAACUUCACCCAUGCCGGCAUUGAGUUUUAUUCGCACUAUAACUUUACCGACAGUGGGCAAAUCGUUAAUAGGUCGAUGAUUUUAUGUAAGUACAGUGUAAAACAAAAUAGCAUUUAUCAUUGGACUGAACAUUAUGUAAUUUGUAUAUUUAUAAGGAAACAUAAUAUAAAUAUGUGUGAGUAUCACAUACAUCAUUCUUAAUUUUCAAAUUCUGUAAUUUUUUGAUUAUUUUCAGUAUUAAGUUUAGCCACUUUAUUUAUUGUUUCCUUGUUUGAAAUAAGACGCUAUUUAAAAUGCUUAAUAAAAAAGUUUGAAAG